UUCUGUCGUUCACCAACAACCUCGCACCUUUCCUUUCUUAACAUUUCAUGAUGUUUACAAGACAAUUCAUUUCAAAAUCAGUUGCGUCGGCCUUAAGAAGGAUGCCUGCUUCGUCAAGCAUGGCUUCUCAAAGUCUGGCCAGAUCCGCCGUCAACUCCCUUGUGAAAACUUCUGGUCCUUUGGGAUUCAUCCGUGGAUACAAUUCAGAGUCUACGGAGAUCCCUGAUUUCUCGGAAUAUAAAACCAAGUCCUCUAGUGACCGAUCUCGUGUUGUUUCCUAUGCCAUGGUUGGUACCCUUGGUGCCUUAACCGCCGCUGGUGCCCAAGCUACUGUUCACGAUUUUCUCGCUAGUUGGUCUGCUUCUGCUGACGUUUUGGCCAUGUCCAAGACGGAAGUUGAUUUGAACAAAAUUCCCGAAGGCAAAAACAUGGUUGUUAAAUGGCAGGGUAAACCCGUCUUUAUCCGCCAUCGUACUCAAGCCGAAAUUGAUGAAGCCAAUGCCAUGGACAUUAGCGCCCUCCGUGAUCCUCAAGCCGACUCUGAUCGUGUCCAAAAGCCUGAAUGGUUAGUUAUGAUUGGCGUCUGUACUCACUUGGGUUGUGUUCCCAUUGGUGAAGCUGGUGACUACGGCGGUUGGUUCUGUCCUUGCCACGGAUCUCACUACGACAUUUCUGGACGUAUCCGUCGUGGCCCCGCUCCCAUUAACUUGGUUAUCCCUCAAUACGUUUUUGAUGGCGAUAAGCUUAUUGUUGGUUAAACACUCUACUAGUAACUGUUGCUUUCUGUUGCUUAGUUUUUACUACACCUAGUACCCCCCUCUUCUUUUCUCUUGAUGCUUUUCUCCCCUCUCCUUUCUUUUUAUAAAUCAUUCUCAAUUGAUAGUUUUCAAAUUUGCAAGCGGCUAUUGGAAUUUUUCCCCUUGUCCUAUGUCCUAUUUGCAUUUUACAGCUAUUCGAAGUUCCAAAAUAGUUAAAAGUCUUCUGCGCUUUUUACUAGUUUUCUUUUGACGUUUUCAAUAGUAAUUUGUGUUGUCUAACAUAAGCUUAAGUUUUUACCUCAUCCAAACCCAUGUUUCCUUGCUCACAAUCGAUAUUAUGUUUGCGUUGUUCGAUUUGCUGUAAUACUUUUAUAUUUGCAAAAUAAUCUUGAUACUUAGCCUUAGUGUCCAUUAAAAUUUCAUACAGGAAAACCUGAACUUCCAAUAUCACAAAGUUUAUUUGAUACUGGUUAUAAGACAUAACCACAUUAUACUAUCACUUACUGUUUAGCUGCUGUUAGGUACAUUAUAUUAAACAAAAGGUAAUCUUUAUAUAGGAACGACAGUCUUUAACCAAAAAUUCCAUUAUGCCUGAUCGAUUUGUAAUCCCAAACAAGCGACGUAACGCGCAUCCUACUUUUUCAUUACGAAAAAAAAAAAGAAUUAUAUGCAAAUGAUCACGCGAUACGACCUCUAAAAAUUGAGGAUAUAAAAAGUAUUCAUCAUAAAUUUUACAUACUUUAAGUAUGAUGCUAAAUACAAAGAGGAUCAAUUUUUUUGAGCGUUGAAAAAUCUUUUAAAGGAAGUAAUCUAUUUUGUUAGUAAACGAGGGCAAAGUAGAAGCAUUUGAUUUAGAUGGAACUUACCUGGAGUUCUUCGAGCAAUGACAGGUUCGCCUUUUCUGGGUGCUGGGUCAAAUUGCAGGCUAAAAAUAAAUAAUCAUUAGUAAUGAACAGCAAGAAUCUCAAA